GAAAGAAGAAAAUGAAGAAGCUCAGAGUAGAGAAGAUGAAAAUGAGGCUCCGAGUGAUAAAAAUCCACCACGCGACCGGCUCAUCUCUCUCAGCAAAUCCGGCCGGCCUAUACAGGUUACAGAAGCCGAGAAAGCAAACGAUGGUUUAUUAUUAAUGGGAAAUAUGCGUCACUUGAAUCCAUAUCGUUCCCGUAGAAAUAAAGAUCAUGCCAGUGUGACCUUGCGUGAUCUGAAUAGGUGGUGGUCUAUAGAGGUCCAUACGUCGGAUGUUACCUGUAAACGGGGAAAGCUCGGGUGCAAGAUUCCUCGAAAAGCCAAGAGAUCACAACCUCCCAAAGAGCAGAUUUUAAUGGCUUCUCCAAAGUCUCACGACCCUAUAUCUAAUUUCGGCAUACUUAAUCACGCACCUCGGUUGAAAGAUGCACGAAGCAUUGUUGAUUAUCUUAUGUACCGUCAAUCGAAAGGUCGGUUCCUGAUACAGAUCCAACACAUGGUGUGUCUCGAAUGUCUUUCAUAA